CAAGACAUGCACACCACACAUUUCUUUAGACUACUCCCCCGUAUAUAAUAAAAUCCACCAUUUCCAAAAACCUUCUCAAUUUUCUUAUUUACUCAAAAAAACCAUGAGACCUGCGCAAGACAACCAAGGAUCCUUCCUCGGCCGGAUCAGUAUCCGUCGCAACCAAUUCACCGACGUCAACACCGAACAAGAGCAAGAAGACCUCGAGCUUUUCCAAAAACACAUCGCCGAUCGUUUCACCGAGCUUCUCUCUCCUCCUCCUCAACCACCCUCCGAUGAAACCGACUCGGUCGCCUCCGUAGCCGCGACGGAGCAGAUCAUGUCCGUGACUUGGCUCCGCAAGCUCAUGGACGUCUUCCUCUGCUGCGAAGCCGAAUUCAAAGCGAUUCUCUUAAUGGGCCGUGACCCAACCCAAAUCUCCAAACCCCCUUUCGACCGGUUAGUUCCCGAAAUGUUGGACCGGUCCAUUAAAGCCCUCGACAUCUGUACCGCGGUAGUUAACGGAAUCGACUCCGUUAGACAUUACCAGCGCCUAGCCGAGAUAGCCGUGGCCGCACUGGAGCAACGUCCGUUAGGAGACGGUAACGUGAGGAGAGCGAAACGCGCGCUCGCGAAUCUGCUCAUCGCGUUGAGCCUCGAGGACAAAGAGAACGUGACCGGAGGGAACAAGGCGAUAGAGAGAUCGUGGUCGUUCGGCCGCCGCGGCGGUGGUUCGUCGGCGGCGAGUAAAGGAGGAGCCACGAUCGGUCAGCUUAAAUCGUCUUCCUGGGCCGUGGGGAGGAACUGGUCCGCGGCGAAACAGAUCCACGCGAUGACGACGAAUCUAACGCCGCCACGUGGCAACGAGGCCGCGGGGUUGCCUUUACCGAUGUUUAUAAUGAGUACAGUAACGGUUUUCGUGAUGUGGGUGUUAACAGCUGCGGUUCCGUGUCAGGAGAGAGCUGGCUUAGCGAACCACUUGCCCGUGCCGAAACAUUUGAACUGGGCGCAGAGUUUGGUCGGAAUACACGAGAAGAUUGGGGACGAGUGGAAGAAGAAGGAGAAGAAAGGUUCCGCGGGGUUGAUGGAGGAGAUGACGAGGAUGGAGAAGCUUGGUCACUCGUUGAUUGAAUUUGCUGAUGGGUUUCAUUAUCCGGCGGAGAAAGAGGCUGCUGAAUCCGCGGCGGCGCAGGUGGCGGAGAUGGCGGAGAUAUGCAGGAGGAUGGAGGAGGAGCUUGUGCCGUUGCAGCAACAGAUCAGAGAGGUUUUCCAUAGGAUCGUGAGGAGUCGUGCGGAGAUUCUGGAGGUGUUGGAGCAAGCCGGGAAGCUUUCAGCGCCAGUUGUGUAAAGAUUUUAAAAUGUGGGUGUGACAUUUCAAAAUUUUGUAUUUUGUUGGGGUUGAUAAGAUAUUUAUUUUCUUAGUUCCGUUUUGUCAUUUUUUGGUCAUGGUUUGGGUUUCACCGAAUGAACGAUAUCAUUUAUGUCGUUACUUCUUCUAUUUUUUUAACUUCUUUA